UUAUUCUUCGUCUCUGCCAAAAUCUCAUGUGGUCAAAGUUUUGUGCUCUGCCUUUUCUCAUUAAAAUCACUCUCUUUCUUUCAAACCACUUUCAGUUUCAACUUCAUCGUCUUCUCCAGAACUGUUUCCUUAUUAAAACCCCAUUAAAUCUUUUUUUUUUCUUCUUCUUCUUCUUCUUUUAUGCCUAUACAAGUAUAACUCUUAAGUACCCCUCAUCGUUUUUCAUCUGAUUACUUUCAGAUUGUUUAAUCUUUUUGUUUAUUUGAUUACAUGGAUACAGUGAGACCAAAAUCUGCUCUGUCCAGCAAAAGCAAACUAGCUCGGUCUUUUCAGAAAGUGAUCAAUCUUAGAACAGCGACUAGAAUCUCCUCCAACAAUGGCAUUUGCUUACUUACACCACAAGGUUGUAGAGUCAAGGAACAUGAAGAUGAUGAUGGUGAGUUUGAUAAUAAGUCAAAGCAUUUUGAUAGGGCCAAUGAAGACAUUACCAGGGCUCGAAACAGAGCAGUCAUGGAAGCUCUUGUGGCCAAGCUUUUUGCUGGUAUAACCUCCAUUAAAGCAGCUUAUGCAGAACUCCAAAUGGCCCAGAACCCUUAUAAUAGUGAUGCCAUUCAGGUGGCUGAUUUGGCAGUGGUCGACGAGCUUAGAGCCAUAUCAGAGCUCAAACGAAGCUUUUUAAAGAAAGAGCUUGACCUGUCUCCACAGGUGACUAUAAUGCUCGCUGAGAUUCAAGAACAACAGGGUUUAAUGAAGACUUACCAAAUCACCAUUAAAAAGCUCGAGGCCGAGGUUGAUCGGAAAGAUUUAAAUAUCUCUGGCCUCAAGAAAAAGCUUGAGGACUCUGUUUCUUUGAACAAAUCCUUGGAGAAAAAGCUUAACUUAAGUGGGUCGCUUUCGAUCUUCGAUAAUCUCCUGAUUUCCGGUCUGAACCCGACCCAUUUUGUUGAGUUUCUCAACCAGUUGACUCUGAGAUCGAUAAGGAGCUUCGUCAAGAUCUUGGUACGGGAAAUGGAAUCGGCGAAUUGGGAUCUCGAUGCCGCCAUCAAGUUCAUCGAGCCCGAAGCUUCCUUCUCAAAACAGAGCCACCGGUGCUUCGUUUUCGAAUCGUUUGUCUGCAAAACCAUGUUCGAAGGCUUUAACUACCCGACCUUCAACAUUCACGGUGGCGAUUCUCCUCUUUGCUCCGACGCCUUAGGUUUCUUCGACCGAUUCAAGAAGCUAAAACCAGUAAGCCCAAAACACCUCUUUACCCAGAACCCAAACUCCUCAUUCGGAAAAUUCUUGAGGACCAAGUAUCUCCAUCUGGUUCAUGCGAAAAUGGAGUGUUCAUUCUUCGGAAACUUAAACCAGAGGAAGAUGGUGACGUCAUGCGGGUACCCGGAAACGUCAUUUUUCACGGCCUUCGCCGAGAUGUCAAAGCGGGUUUGGCUUCUCCACUCUUUAGCUUUCUCGUUUGGCCAAGAAGAGGGAGAAGUUACGAUUUUUCAGGUGAGAAAAGACUCCAGAUUCUCAGAGGUUUACAUGGAGUGUGUGAACCAAGAAGUACUAUUCUCCUCCAGCGAAAUCGACGCCAACCCGGAGGCGGAGCUCCGAGUAAAUUUCACGGUUGUUCCGGGAUUUAAGAUCGGAGAAUCGGUGAUUCAGAGCCAGGUUUAUUUAUCUCCGGCGAAUCGCCGACGGUGAUUUCUUUCUUCAGCCUUUAUUUUGUUUUUAUUUUAUUUUUAAAAAGAAAGUUUCAUUACCGGCUCUCGAAAGGCUCGUCUCCACGCGCUCAUUUGCAUGCUCCGGUAACAAAUACUUGGAGACUCUGCCCACUGGAAUGUGGGCCGUCGGUUUAAGACAAGUUGAUGAUCAGACAGUGUAACGGUGGUGAUAGUUGGCGACUACGGAAUUGUAUAUAGCGUGGUCGGCUAUCAGACGGUGGCGCGGGUAACUAAUCUCCAACAUGAUUGGAGGAGUGCGGCGGCGCGUGAGCUGCACGAACUUCGUGUAGGAUUUUGGUUUCUUGAGGCUGGUGGCUUAAUAGUAGCAGUAGAGUUUAGUAGUAACUGUUGCGGUUGGAGAAUAGGGGCUAUGUGGGGUCCACAUUGUGACGUGGCAUAAAGAGGGGUAUGACGUGGAAAUUAUAAAAUUAUAAUUAAUGGAGGAGGAGAGGGGUUUAAUGGGGUUCGGCCUGUGGGACUCGGGCUCUUCAUUGUCUUUUUCUUUAUUCUAUUACAAAUAUUAGAUAGUGGAAAAUGGUGGGGAAGGAUUUAAAGGAUAUUAAUGAUUACUGUAACGUUAUUGUACAAGUAUCUACUUAUAAAUAUGUAAUGAACGAGAGAAAAAAAAAAAAAGAGACCCUUUGAACUCUUAUUUCUCUUUCUAAAAUAUGAAAUAGUUGUUUUUUCC